AUGAUGGUUGUAUUGAAACUCUCUCACAUAAUAUUUACAUUAUUUUUAUACCGCGUAAAAUUUGCUUCUUCCGAAAUAUUAUAUUUGGAUAAUUUAGAUAAUCCUAAUUUUUAUACAAUAAAAAUUGUUGAAGACAGAUUAACUAAGAUUAUGAUAUUAUCUACACCAGAAGAUAAGAUAACUGAAAUACGUUCUAAAAGGAAACUAAUUUGGGGAAGCGAUCGAGGUGAAUAUGUUAAAUGUUUUACUAGAUUUUCAUUUGAAUCGUCCGAUAAGACAUUAAUUACCAUUGAAAUUGGAAAUGCCGUAGAUGAAGCUAUGAAAUUUAUUUACGUGAGCGGGAACUUCUAUAAAUAUAUCAACAAGAGUGAGUUUGAGGAUUAUUACAAAAGUUUUUGUUCAGUAUUUAUUAAAAUUCCACCAGGUAAGCUUCCAAUUCCGAGACUGAAAAAAAAUGUAAAAACAGAAAAAGUUGAUAAACGUAAACUAAAACGAGAUAGACAAAGAAAAGAUAAACCACAAAGUGAACAACAUGAUAAAAAUGUUGAUAUAGUUUCACAAUCAUUAGCUGAGGAAGGAAUUGAUCUAGAAAAGAAAAUCGUUGGCAGAGAAGAACCUACUCAACAAACAGAAAAACAACAAGAACCUACAGAGUUAGAACCAGAAACUAUUCCAGUGGAACUUGAAUCAGAUGAUGAAGAAAUUGAUGAAUCUAAUGUAUCAAAACCUAAAGAAUCAGAUGGAAUAUUAACUCAGAAUAGAUACACACAAACAGAUAUUCAAGAAAUAGAAGAUAUUGGAAUUCAAACAGAAAUUCAUGAAUUAGAAAAUAUUGUAACACAAACAGAUAUUCAAACUAAAGAAAGCUCGAUUCAAACAGACAUUCAAGAAGUAGAAGAUAUAGAUACACAAACAGACAUUCAAGAAUUAGAAAAUAUUGGUAUUCAAACAAUUGGGAAUUUUUCUGAUAUAACAGAAGUAACCAAGAAACAUGAACAACCAGAAGUACCUAAACGUAGACCAGGUAGACCAAGAAAACAGAAACCUGAACCUGAACAACCUAAACGUAAACGGGGUAGGCCUAGAAAACAGAAAUAUGAAACUAAAAAAACUUGGUUACUUAGACCAAGAAACAUGAAAACUGAAACUAAAAAAACUUGGUUACUUAGACCAAGAAAACAGAAACCUGAACCUGAACAACCUAAACGUAAACGGGGUAGGCCUAGAAAACAGAAAUAUGAAACUAAAAAAACUUGGUUACUUAGACCAAGAAACAUGAAAACUGAAACUAAAAAAACUUGGUUACUUAGACCAAGAAAACAUAAACCUGAACCUGAACAACCUAAACGUAAACGAGGUAGACCAAGAAAACAAAAACCUGAACCUGAAUCAGAUCACUCUGAAGAAUCCACUCAACCUCAUCCUCAAGAACAAGAAACUGAAGAUUCAAUAAAGGCAUUAGGACCUUCACCUGAAAAAAGACCUUUUUCAUUUGAUAUUUAUUGUGAAGAUCGAGAUGCUGAAGAUGAAUUAAGGAGAAGAGCGAAGCGUUUUAGGAGUGAACCUCUAGAAUCACAUGAACAAGAGGAUACAACUGAUGCAGGAGUGAGUUCAGGUGCAGGGGCUCCACCACCACCCGGAGAUGGUUCUGAACCAUCGGAUGGACCAGGAGAUUGUCCUCCUCCAGAGCAGGAUCAGGACGAUACAGUUUUAGUGCAACUGAAUAAAGAAAGAAUAUUAUACCUAGAGGACCCAGGAAGUAAUAAAGGUGUAAAUUAUGAGCAUGAAAUCAAUGAUGGAAUACCAACUUUAAUUAUAAGGGCUAAGCCUCAUAAAACUAUCACACAUAUUUUUGAAAAUGGUUUAAUAAUUUGUGAAGCUGAGAAGGGAAGCAAACUUUUAAGUUUAUCAGCCUUUUCUUACUAUAAUGAAUUCAUUCUUGUUGAAAUCAUAUUUAAAACUCCAAUGGCUAGCUAUAAUAGGUAUUUCAGAAAACAUGGAGGAGAUUGGAAAGAAGUUAAUAUUAAGGACUUUGAAGUUUAUUAUCAGGAUCUUAGAGGUAAUGUUAUAAUGAUUGAGGAAAUGAUGGUUGAUAUAAGCUUACCGAUCGAUCCUUCAAAAAUCUUCUCCAAAACUAGCGAAAAAAAUGGUAUAAUAACGACAAUUCUCAUGCCUCUCCCUGGAUUUUUUAUAAAACAAGUUACUAAUGGCGCAAAUAUUGUUUGGAGUUCAAAUUUUAGACGUUGUCUUGCCAUCACUAUGACGUCUAGAAAUGGUGAUAUGCCCAGACUAUUAAUGCUUGAAAUUUCGGGUCCAAAUGACGGUGUUACUGAGGAAUUGCACUUCCAUAGAAUUGGCGAUAAAUUUUCAUUAAUUAGCUCAAAAUUGUACGACAAUGUUGUAUACGAAGAGUCUCCCGAUUAUGAUUUUGAAUCUACAACAAAAUCACCACAACUAAUAGAAACAGAUCAUUCAUCCAUUUUUAUCUCAUCAAAAGAUUCAAUUUCAAGCGAAUCAACCAAUGAACAAACUCCUAUUGAGAAAUUCACAUUACAACCAGAAACUAUUCAUCUUGAAAUUUCAUCAGAUGAAGAGGAACCAAUUGAUCUAAGUAUUAAACACAAAUCUAAAGCUCCAGAAUCAGUUGCAGAACCGACUGAACCAGAAACUAUUACACUGGAUUUGUUAUCAAGUCAUGAUGAAGAACAUGAAGAUAUUGAUCUUUCAGAUAUUGAACUCCAAAUUUCAUCAGAUGAUGAAUCACAUGAAGACCAUACACAUCAGGAUUUAAUUAUUCUUGGAUCAGAACCAUCUGAGGAAUCACAUACAGAAGAUAAUAAUUCAUCGACUAUUGUUAGAACGGAAUCUACCAAACCACAACCUGAUAUAUCAACCGAAGAUACUCACACUCAAACUGACACAGAUAUAGAUAAAAAAACUCGUUCAUCUCUUCCACUUAAGAAAAGACCAUAUAAACAAGAUUAA